AUGGCAGCCGCCGCUUCUGACGACCUGGAAAUCACGGUGCCUACGACGUCAGUCGAGGAUGACCCAUCCUCGAUCAAUCACUUCCACGUGCUUGAAGACAUCGCGGCGUUCACAAACGGUCGGCUGACAACGCAGCUGGCGAAACGAAGCUUCGUGCGCAACGUGCAGAUUAGCGUCUUGGUGGCCACGUGGGCUGUGGUACUGUCCCUGCCGAUCAUCAUCUGGCCAUGGGCAGCAGUCAUGAAUCAUGCUUGGUGUCGGGACCUCUCCUUACCUGACUGCAACAUGCAUCCUGGCGUGUGCCGGGUGGAAUGGAGCCUCUGGAGGUUUACAACCGAGUGCGUGCCCUCCAAACCCAGCGCAUUUCUGAACCUUUGGGGGACUAUGCUGCUUCAGUUUGUUUUCUCCGUUUAUGUGGACCUGGGCAUGACCACCAAGUUUACCUUACAGGGCCUCUUUGGCUCGUGCUUAGCAUAUGUGAAUGUCAUGUUCCUGAACCGCGUGCUGGGAUUCUUAUUCGCCGGCGGUGCCUACAACGGAGACAAGUUCACGGUCUCCGUGCCUAUUCAAGGAGAGUCUUACCAGACCGCUUCCUACGCCGUCUCUUACUGGCUUCCGUUGUGCAACAACGGCGAAGUCAGGUUUGCUGACAACGCCGCCCAUUGCUUCCUGAACAUUUGGCUGGACAAGCUGACAUGGUCCGGCUUUCUGAGAUUGGGCGUCCUUUGGGUGGACUUUGCCCUUUUCGUACUCCUUUGCUUCUCUGUACCUUUCGAUCCCAACCCGCGGAUGUUUGCUCUAUCGACGCACGUCAGCUUUAUGAUGACUUUCGUGAAUCCUUCCGCCGAUGGCUUCUCCACUGAGCCGACCUACGCCACGGACUAUCUUUACAUGAUUCUGGCUGCCUCUGUCAUGUCCUUGCUUUGCUUCUUUCUGCCACGGCUCCGCUUCACGGCGACUGAAGCUGCUGGGGACUGGGCCUGCGAUGCCCUGCAAGCCACGAGAGUGUUGGUGAAGCAUAUUCCAAGCUCCCUCGAUGGUGUACUCCGUCUCAAGAUCCGGACUGUGGAGCAGUGCGCUUUGCAGCUUCUGCAAGGGCUUGAGAGGAGUCUGGCGUCUGCAUGGUUUGAGGGCUACGCCUAUGCGUAUUGGAAGUGCCGCAGCGACUACGACAAAAAGCGCUACCAACGGCUGAAGCUGCUGGUGGACGGCCUGCGCCGAUGUCUGGACCGGCUCCCAGCCGUUUACUCUACGGCAGCCUUGGUGGACACGUCGGGUGCCUGGGUGAGCGAGGAAGCCUUCCAGCUUUUGCAGCAGCACAGCGAGCGAACGGCCACAAAGAUGGCCCAAGUCCUGCGCUGCGCCUUCUCAGAGGCAUCGCGGGAGGAGCCAGGCAGCAGCCAGAUGGGUCUCGCUGUCUGGAAGGGUGAAGGCCCCGAGAUCAAUGCCUUCCUUUGCGCCGCGAGCAUGGUACUAGUCGAGAUCGAAGACAUCGUGGAGGAGUUCCUGGCCACCACUGGCGCAGUAUCCGGCACCAGGGCAAGCCCAGCUCCAGAGGAGGAGAGCUGGUACAGAUCAUGUGGGGGCUGGUAUUCCAAGACGCGGCUGGUUCUGUUCAAGCUGCUGUGCCACAGCGACGACACAGCAGCUACUCAUCCCCGUUUCGUGGUACGCAAUACCAUCUCGAUCUGCCUUGCUUUUGGGUUGGGAUGGGUUGGUGUGUGGAACACAAUGCCCUCAUACUCUGCAUACCCGGCCUCGACCAUAGGCGUCAUCGUGUACACGUACACAGGAGCGACACCCUCUGUCACCUUGAGGCGCUUGUCCGGGGUGGUGCUCGGAAAGGCUGCAGGGGCGAUUCUACAACUUUCUUUGGCAGUCAAGAACGUGCUCUACGUUAUCGCUUUCGCCAUGUCGAUGUGGCUGAUCGUAGGCCUCACCUUUUUUCAAUACAUCCACUCGGAGGAUGCCGUCGACUUUGCCGUUGUGUGCGGGCUCACGGCCGCAUAUGCUGCAUCAAGCAUGAUUCCGUCCAACGGCGUCCUCCGCAAAGUGAAUGAGAGAACCACGGACACAGUUCUUCCAACAUUGAUGAACACGAUCCUGCAGACGCUCAUCGGGAUCGGAAUCAUGCUGGUGGUGGAUGCCUUAUUGGCUUCACGAGCCUCAAACCAGGCGCGACAGCGGCUGAUGCGAGCCUUCACACGGCUAGUCCGGGGCGUGCGGGCUUGCAAAGAGCAGGGGAUGUCUCGGGAGAACGCUGAAACUUUCGCGCGGGAGCACACAGAGGCAACCGCUGGAUUUCUCCAGGACCUCAAUGCACUGAAAACUUUGCUGCCCUAUGCCGCUGCAGAAGCCACCUACUGGUCAAAGCCCCUGAACCUGGCUCUCUUCGAGUCUCUAGAAGUUCACCUUCGCAACGUCGCAUCUCAUUCGGCGGCUCUCGUCCGUGCCUUUCAGUGCGCAGAGCAGGUGCGGGUUUCUUCGCUUCCAGCCUGGCCUGCGUUGUACCGCUUCUUCCACCAGCAGCUGCUGCACAACUUGAUAGAGAUCCGCGACAUCACGGAGGGUCUUCUGAGCUCUCACAGCGAGGACAACUUGGAGCUCCAAGAAGUGCGACAGAGGUUGGCCGAGAGCCUGUACACCUUCCAGGUUGCUGAGAAGAUGGCUACAACGUUCAACACGAUGGUCGCCAAGAAAGAAAAGGGCGCCCGCGCUGAACGACCCGAGCGAGUCCAGCCCAGCUCCAGCUCCGGCCUCGUCUCUCGCGUGCACCGUGUCUACAAGCAGUUCCUGCAUGAAGAGCUUGAAGAGGACACUGACAACGUGUCCUUCAGCCACAGACCCUCAGAAAAGCACCGAGUCGGGGAUGUCGCAGAGGAGCUGCAGGAACUGGUCUCCCGUGUGCGCGUGGAAGCUCAAUCCCUGGAGGCUGCAGAGGGUGCGCGGCUGGCCGUUCCCGCUGCAUGUGUGGUGGACCUCGUCAACCACCUCAUGGUUUGCAUGCUGAACGAAGUGAAGGAGAUGCAGUUGGCAACACUGAAGUUCUGA